CCAGAAGACAAAAGUUACAGCUAAAGGAAUUUGUUAUCUUGCUUCCACUCCUUCACACAUGAAUAAUAUAACCACUACUCAUCCUUGAUUGCAUAUAGACUUGUUUAGGCUGUAGAACAUUUUUUUUAUAUUUUAAAUUCCCUAUACAUUUUUGUGAACUUUUGUAGUGUUAUGUUGUAUGCGCUAUUUGAUAUAUAUUUUGUAUCAAUUGUAUUUCCUUUUAAUAAAAGAUUAUUUAAUAAAC